AGGAUGACGUGGAAUAUUAUGAUUGGUUUGCUUAGUUUGAAUAUUGUACCAUACUAGUAGGUUAAAAGAAUGCUAAUAAUGGAAUGAGAGCUUUCAGAGGUGGUAGGCCAUUUUCAUUUCUCUCACGAUUGAGAUUCAUUUUAUUUUAGUGUGUAUUUCUUUGCCGUGUCUCAUUAAUGAUUUAAAUUUGUCGAGGAGUAAUUAAAUAUCGGACUUAUUUAUAAAAUAAAAUAAAAAUAUUAAAUGGGCAGAAGAAUGAUACAUACCAGUAGAAGAAUCAUGACGAAGAAAACUGAAACAGUGGUGGUGGUUUUAUAAAGUCAAUCCAAUACCAUAGGAAACAGACAAGAAAAAUACUCAAUCAUCAACUUUCACACGAAUAAUUCGUUUCCUCUUCAAUUUUUUUUUUUUCUGCUUAUUUUUUAGCUGGAUAAAUCGUUAAUAUUCUUCUAGUAAAAACACACUGAAUCCAAAAGUGUUUCCAAUAAAUAAAUAAUAAGUGUGUGAUAUAUGAUAGUGAAAUAUAUGGUUAUGAGAGAGUUAAAUAAAUGGAGAGUUGUAAAAUAAAGUAGAGAAUUGAAUAAAUGGAGGGUUGUAAAAUAAAGCAUAAAAAUAUCUUAAAGAAUAUUCUAUGUAAUAUUCCCUAAGACUUGUAAUAUAAAUACUAAGGCUUGGUGAAGAGUUUCAUUCAAGCUUAAGUGAGUGAGUUUGAGUAAGAGUCUUAAGAAUUCUUGUAACCUUUUGAGUGUUUCAAUAAUAAAGUUUAUCCCCUUGUAUAAAGAUCUUUCUUAUAUACUUACAUAAUCUUUUUCCAAAUAUUUCCUAAACACUUAGCAUUGAUCCUAAUAACCUCCUAAGUGGUUGUACCACUAUGUGUGUGUAAUUGUGGUAUCAGAGCCAUUGCAGUCUAAACUCUAGCUUUUCUCUUCCAGAAAGGUAAUACGCCAUAACGUUGUCUUCUACCAUGCUAGUAUGAAAGUAUGCUCUGUGGUUGCCAUAUUAAUGGAUCCUCCACAUCAGAAAUCUAACUAUGCUAAGAAAAAACGGUAUGGAGAAAAAUUUCUCUAGGGUUGUAAUGCUCGAAGUACCUUGAGGCUUUUUAUGUUGCAAGUAUGUUGCCUCGGUUUGCGUAGUUAAGCACCUCUUGAUUUAUUUCUCUAUAUUCGUGGUACGUAAAAGAAAACAGGGAGACAACUUAUGGAUUGUUAUUACCUCAAUGGCUAGAAGAGAGUUAUAGUAUUCUGUCUUGAUUUCUAGUUCUAUCAUAUAUUAUGGAAAGUUCAUCUUCUUUGUCUAAAACUCCCUCUUUUCGACGAUCAAAUUCUAAAAAGAUUGAUUACUUAUAUGAAGUAGAGUAUGUGAGUGAUGAUAGCAAAGUUCCUAUUACUCAACUCCCAUUACUUAAUCCUUACAAAGCUUUCACUAAACCAAAUUCCACUUUUCCAAAAGUCAUCCGUCAAGUGUUUGUCCCUAACAAACAUAAUGCAAAGGAGCUCGUUCUAGCAUCUCCGUUAGAACAGCAUCUCAUUCCAGCGACAGAAACAGAACAAAUGAUUCCUCUCAGAAUCAACGAAGGCAUGAUACAUCAUUGGCGAACUCAAGGAUAUACCCAUCUUCAUUAUGGAGCGAUACGUUUGGCGCUAACACUCCAUGGCAGAAAAGGCUUACCAGUUGUAGCACGGGUAGCUCUCCUCGACACCCGAUACAAGGAAUACCAACAUGCUUGUAUUGCAACUAUCCAGACAACACUAAACGCUGGCACUGUUUUCGUCACCCUCUUCCCAAAUUUCAACGUGGCAUUGGAAGACCCUCAAAUAUAUCAGAACAUGCAAAUCCAGCUGCAAAUCACAGGAGCUCCACAAAUUGGAAACACGUAUGCAGCAACGCUUCACCAUCAAAUGGCGUAUAGAGUCCAAAAUCAUGCAAUGGACUUAAGUCUCCCUAGAGACACUGAAGAUGCGCUACUCAUACAAUUGGAAUCCCAGCAUAGCCCGUCGUGCAUCCAUAUUCCUAGACAGAUUCCUAGAGAUGAGCUUGUCAAGUUGCUUCCAGAAUCAUGGGUUACCAAUUACGAAAAGCUCCAUGACCGUAGCACCCCAAUACAAUCGGUGGACUCUUCUAUUCAUAGGAGAAAAGAUGGAGCUGUAGAGAUUGCUUUUAAGCAACAAGAAGAAAAGUCAAGACCAACGGCUUUCUGCACAGAAAUCAAUAUAAUUACUCCUUUUGAAGAAGCUCAAACUUUGGAAAACCAUCCACGUUUAGAUGGUGUUCCAAUCUCAUCUUUUGAUUCGCUGGGAGAUCCCAUUUACUCUUUUCAAGAUGAAAAGGGCCACAAAUUCUUUGAUGUUUGUGAUUGCCAACACUGCCAGAUGAAUAGUUCUGAUGAUGAUGACACCCCAAGGCGAAGGAGAAAAAAGAAAACUACACAACAAACCCUCAAAGAACGAUUUGAGUCUGGAGACACACAAGUUGGCCUUCUCGGAGAACCAAGUGGCAAGAAUUUUGAAUACUAUGUAUUGUAUUCAGGUGGCUCAACUCCCACAACACCUGACAAAGAAGAGGUACAACUAAGUUACAUGUUCGGACCCCCAUCACAGCAGGAUUCACCAUUUCCAUCCAAAGAGUUUGAAGAAAACAAUAUAAAACACUCAUGGAAAAUCCGGAAUCCAAAUGUUAAGAACCCAGAUGGCUCAGUAAAGCUGAUCAGCGCCGCAGAAGCAACUUUGAACUGGCAGUCGGAGAACGCCACAACCCAAAACUAUCUCCUAAGCCAGAUUGACAAAAAGGUAACCAUCAUGGACCUUUCCAUUAAAGAACUCACCAAAAAGAUAACCUCUCUCCACCAAGAACUUCUCCACCUUGCAACUACUGUCUCCAUAAACUCUCCCCUCAUGUCCCAAAAAGAGUCUGAGCUAAAGUCCCUUAAAGCUCAGCUAAACUCCUUACAAAACCAACCCAAAACCCAACCUCCAAUGCCAUAUGAUCUUUUCACACCAUACCCCAUCUACACACCACCUUACACAGCCCAAACACAACCUUUAUCUUUUUCUCAAGACCCAAGUAUUUUCGGAGCAUCCUCCUUCUUACCAACAAAAGUUGUUUAUGAACAACAAUCUACCAAAAAGAAAAAGCCAAUAGAAAAAAGAACAGGGAAGGAAGUCAUACUUGAACCACCCAAACCUUUGUCCGAGACAUCAAAAUCUCAAGAUCAACCCGAGACCAGCAAAGCGCAAUUCAUGGUGGAGCGUGCUAAUCCAAUCACUGUCUUUCUUGAGAAGGUUGCAAAACGAGAAAAAAGUUUUUCUCAAGAAACUAUGAUGAAAAAGACGCCAAUAAAAGAUGAAAAUGAUGAGGUCAUAAUCCCACCUUUUAUGAUGGCCUCACCGGCUGUGGUUGAAGAAGACGUAGAAAGUGAAGGAGGAAACGUAUAUGAAGAAACUCAAGAAACUAGACGAAAUCAGACAGAAGGAAAUCUGCGGUUUAAUACAGAACCACAUAAGGGUUUUUCUUUUGAUGAUAUUCGCCCUUCAAAAUGGCGCGAGAAAGUAUAUGAGAUGCAUGCAUGGCUAACAGAACAACAACUCAACCCAUGA